GACCCCCACCAUUAGCUUUCGCUUUCACCCAAUAGGGUCUCACUUUCGCGCUCCGAGUUCGAGCCGUCUCUUGUGCCGGCAACACAGCGUGUCUGCUUCUCAUUCUCAGUGUAGUAACGGUCGUGAGCUUUACGUUGUUGUUUAUAAGCUAAUAAAUCGAAUAAUAAUAAUAAACGUCGUUAUUAUUUAGUCGUUUUAAACUUUAAAAGAAAAAUUAUUCUUUAAAUUUCAAUUGACAAAAACGUUAUCAGUGCAUUUGUGUUUAAACUUUUAAUAUUUAAUCUUCUCACUGUUUGUUUUUGUGUUUGACUUUUUUUUUUUUGUUGACCUUGAUAGUGAACUUUGUCAAUUUAAAUUUCGCUCUUUAAAACCACUGAUAUUUAAAAAUAAAAACAUUUCCCGCGUUUUUUAAAUUUGAAUUUAAAAUUUGUGUUUUUAAAAUUAAAUGUAUAUAAGUGUUUGUAGUUGUGUGUCCGUACAUAUCAGACUGUGUUGAACAUUGACAGCGUAUCGAACAAUGCGUGCAAUUUAAAAAAAAAAAGCGCGCGAAAUAAAUAAAAAUAAAAUUUUUUUUUUUUUUUUUUUUUUUCUAUCUUCCGGAGUAAUAAAGAUAAAAAGUGAGUUGUGGUAUUGAAUAAGUCGAGGUCAAGGUUGACAUGGCACCAAGAAGACACGCGGGUGGUAGCCAUGGUCUACUGGAGAUGGCCGGUAAUCACGACAUGCCGAUGGACAAUUUGGUAAAUCAUCAGCAGACAAUUACUGGGUCUAGUAGCAGCAGCAACAGCAGUACCAACAGCAAUAAUAAUAACAGUAACGCCAAUAAUAUAAAUAAUAACAAUGGAGUGACACAUUGCUGUGCUCCAAGUGGCGAAUGUUUGCGUGCAGACGCACUCAUAAGAUUUAAUUCUCUGCAAGACGCAGUAAAAGUUAUUUGUAAUAAUGAGACCUGUCCAAUGGGUCAGUAUAUGCAUCGCGAGUGUUUCGAUGCGUGGGAACAGACACUGCUGACUUAUUUAAAAAAUUGCGGUCGCGCACGCAGUUGGUCCGAGAGACAGCGUCACCAAAACUUGUGGACCAAAAAGGGCUACGACUUGGCCUUCAAGGCCUGCGGCUGCCGAUGUGGAAGAGGACAUUUGAAAAAAGACCUCGACUGGAUCCCGCCAACGGGUUUCGGUAAUUUGACGGGCAACAGAACCGAAGAAAUGGAAACCAAGAAGAAGAAGAGACGCAAUAGGCAAAAUACCAGGCCCAGUUUGGCCGUUUCUGCGGGUCCACCUGCUGUCAAUUACAAUGGACACGUUGGUGCUGGUGCUAAUGGAGGCACGGGUGCUGGAGGAACUCGCGGUGGCACAGUAAGUGAGAUACAGAUGAUUGAAAGCCUUCGUGGACGAGCUGGUUCAUUGUCAUCUAGCAAUGGUUCAAGUUCACCUCCGGCUAGCAGCGAGCCCAGCAUCAGUCCGCUUCAUCAACCCCAGGCUAUUGUCAAGAAAAAGACAAAGGUUGACUUUUUUGGCGAAACGAGAAUUCGACAAAGUUGCGGUGCCAAUGGAAUUUUUUCACGUCGUCUGGACUUCAGUGCUUUUAACAGUCUACCCAGGACUAAGCUUAACUCCUAUCAUAUCAAGAUGGAAGACGAAGGAAAUCAUGGUAAUGAUGAUACACGGUGUUUCAUAUUGUCGACACUUGCUGCCCUGCAGUGGUCGCGUGUAUCCUGCGUCCUUUGCCGCGGGGCAAUGCUAGUCUUCGAUAGGUAUCCUCUUGUCGAUGGUACCUUUUUUUUAUCGCCACGGCAACACUCACCGUCAUGUGCUGAGGUUAAAGUAGAAGGACGCACACAAUACUUAUCAGCAGUUUGUAUGACUUGUCUUGAGGGCUGUGGUAACGCGCCAGUACGUUGUCGUGCUUGCACUGUACAAUGGGAUGGAUCAAGUCUUGUUCUUGGGACCAUGUAUAGUUAUGAUAUUUUUGCUGCCAUGCCAUGUUGUACUGAACGCCUUAAAUGUAACAGCUGCCAAAAGCCAUUAAUUUACCCACAUCAACGAUUGAACUUCUACUCGGACUACAGUCGAGUGUUCGCAUGUCCACACUGCCGUGUUGUUGAUGCGCACUUCGUAAAACCUCUUUUGACUUGUUUUACUCGUGAACAAUUUCAACUCUACAGUCAGUGGCCGUAACCACUAGGUAACUUCUUAGACGAAAACACCAAUAUUAUGAAUAAUAAACAUUACAAAAAUAAUAAUAGUAACAGUAAUACUAUAACUAAUAAUAAUAGCAUUAGUAAUAAUUAUAAUAAUAAGAAUAAUAAUAAUAUUAUUGAUAAUAAAAAUAAAAACAAUGAAAAUAAUUUAGUAGCCAAGGAGAUUAAUUUUAUAAAAUUCGCCGAACAUUUACCGCCGGGUAUUUUUGAGGAAUUUACAAAUAUAAAUAUCGAUAACUAUAAAAAUAUUAUAAAUAAUAUUUAUAAUAAUAACAACAGUUUUAUUUAAUUUGAUAUUGUAUAUUUUUUUUUGCUCUUAUUUUAAAAUACCCGCGUAAUUAAUUUUGAUAGCAAUACACACCGUCUUGUUUAUUAGUCAAAUUAUAAAUUAAAUUUAAAAAAUUAAUUAACUAUAGUAAUUAGAAAAAAAAAAAAAUAGUUAAUAAGCAAUACAAAAGGCAUCAUUUGCAUUUCUACGUGUAACGACAAAGUAAUAAUAAUAAUAAUGAUUAAAGAAAAAUAAUAAUAAUAGUAAACCAACUUUUGUUAAUAAGGGGGAAAGAAAUACUAUUGUUUGUUACUUAGAUAAUCGAUAAACGUUGUUUUUCAUUUUUGAACAUUUUAUUAGUUUAUAUGAUGAAUUAUGAUAAUGAUUUAUUAAAUAAUAAUAGUAAUAAUAAUAAUGGGUGGUUUAAAUAAUUAUUAUUAUUAUAAUAUAAUAUUAGGCGGCCGUAGAUUUUGUUUUUUUUUUUUGUUUGGAUAAGAGAAAACGCUCUUGUAUAUUUUUUGACAAAUCGCCGAUUUUUUUUAUUUAUUUAGAAAAUUUCAUUUAUUAUAAUUUUUUUUUUUUUUAAAGAAAAAAAUUAAAUGAUUGAGUUGUAAAUUUGAUGGUUUUUUUGUUUGAAUUUUUAGUAGAAUUUUGUUUUGUAGAUUUGAAAAUUAAAAAAUAAAAAUAAAGUUGAGAUGAAUUUUUUUUUAACUUUUUACAAUUUAGUUAAGAUUUAGAAAAAAUUUUGCGUGAAAAAUUCACAUUCGGUGGUACAAAAUGUAAAGUUGUGAAAAGUUAAAAGAGAAUAUUUGGUUUUUAAUAAAAAAUAAAUGUAAUUUUUUGUUUUGGUUUUCUUUUAUUUUCUUUUUAUUUUAUUUUUGGCGAUGCUGGUCGUUGCUGUACCUAAACGGCCGUCCCGUCCCCAAGAAUAUUUAAGUACUAAUUAAAUAUAUCAAUUUUCGUGUUUUGAAGAUUUUAUUUACCUGAGAUUAUUUACUGUGAGGUUGCCGACUCGUUAAUUUAACAAAUGGUUGCAAAAAACAUUGCGAAAAAAUUUGAAUAUUUUACUUGUCAUUACAAAAAAAAAAAAAUCCUAUGAUUUACAUUCGAAUUCAAGCCCGAAAUUUUCUGGAAAUUAUUUUCUUUUAAAAUUUCAAUUUAUUACAAAGAAAUUGACUUUGAGUUUGUACGCAUGCGCUUAAGAAUUCUAGAGUAGGGAUAAAAGCCGAACAAACCCGAAGUUAAUUUUUCACUCGUCUGAUAAUUAAUGAAACUUUUAGUAUUCAUAAGAAAAAAAUUCAAGUUUGACAUUCCCUAAAAUUCGGAUUUAAUUUUUUCUCGUAAAUGAACGGAAAUCUUAAAAAUGAAUUAAAUAUUUUAAUUAUUAUUCGUAAUUUAACGUCAAGUUUCGCUGAGACCAAGUUUUUUUACGUGUAAUUAUAAUUUUCUAACCUGAAAUACUUUUUUUCACAUUCUAACCAAAAUAUAAAAAAUGGCGCGAAUUUCAAAAUAUUCAAAUUAUAAAAACUAGUGAAAAGGAGUCUACUCCACGGUAAUUUUUCUACCUGGUAAAUAAUCUCACGUAUUAAAUAAUACAAUUAAUAAAUUAUUAAUUAAAUUAAUUUACACUCUAUUAAUCCCCGGUAGUAUAAUUAACCGCGUGUACCUCAACACUCUACCAUAAUUAUAUAAUCGAUCCACGCUGAGAUAGCAUAAAUAAAUAAAAUAUGAAUAAUAUCGAUAAUUAACAAAAAUAAUUACAUAAAUAAUUGCUUAUAAUUAAAAAAAAACUAGUUGAUUAAUUAAAAACCGAAAUAAAAUUUCGUUAAUCUGUCAAUCGUUAAUAUUUCUCACAGUGCCAAAUAUCCCAUCGUUUUUUUAAUUAAUUAAUUAAUUUAAUUAAUAAUUAGUAACAUUAAUCACCUUUAUGUUUAUAAAUAUAUAAAUAUACAUAUUAAUAAAUAUAUACUCCCCCAGUGAUUAGUAAAAUAAAAAAAACGCCUCAUUUGCGGCGCAGCUGUCGCGACAAUAUUAACGAUUUGAAAAAAAUUAAUUGAUUAAUUAAUCAAUAUUAAUGAAUACUAAUUAAUAAAAUAUGUUAUUAAUCAAGACACAGAGAGUUGUGACGCAUAAUAAAAACUCCCUACUUAUUUACAAUUUUUAAUUAAUUGAUUAAUUAAUUAUUAAUUAUUAAUUAUAUUAAAUAAUUUUUAUGAAAAUUUAGUAAAACCGUUGGUGUCAAUGUAGAGCAAUUAAAAAAAAAGA